GCCGCCAUCUUGGCUGCUCUCAGCUCUUUGAUGGGAUGGGCCGGGAGUUCGCUCACGCUUGGCAACUCGGUGACAUCCACUUCAAUGACGAUGAACAUUUUGUGCCCCCGAACAGUGAGCAGGGGAUCAGUCUGCUGAAGGUGGCAGUACAUGAGAUCGGUCAUGUCCUGGGUCUCAGUCACAUGAAUGAGUUGAAGUCUGUCAUGCAGCCAAACUACAUCCCGGCCAAUAGAGGGAUGGAGCUGGACACGGUGGACCGCCGGGCCAUUCAGAAGAUCUAUGGUCGGUGUUCUGGUCGGUUCAGCACCGUGUUUGAUUGGCUGCACCAGGAUCGCAGUGCUCCGGGAAAGUGGAUCUUCCGGACGUACUUCUUCCGGAAAGGCUGGUACUGGAUGUAUGAGAACGUCAAUAACAGGCCGCGGUACCGAGACCCCCGAAGAUUGGCCGGCGGCUGGAAAGGGAUCCCCUCUUCUGACAUCGACGCCUUCAUCCACAUCGGAACAUGGGGCAAGAAUCUGACCUUCUUCCUGAAAGGUACUCAAUACUGGCGCUAUGACAACGACAAGGACCAGGCUUAUACACAGGACCCCGAGGGAAUUACGUACCCCCGAUUAAUCUCCGAAGGCUUUCCCGGCAUCACCGGUCCCAUUGACACGGCGUUUUAUGACCGCCAGGAUAAAAAUGUCUAUUUCUUCCGAGGUAGAAAUGUGACCGCGUUCAGUGUAGCCAAUCACAAGGUUGUCCCUGGCUACCCUAAGGCCAUCGUUGAUGUCUUCCCUCCAUUGAUCCCGGGAGACCACCCCAUGAGUGACCUGGAUGCUGUGUACUUCUCCUUCACCCACAGGACCGUGUUCUUCAUCAAGGACACAUACGUGUGGAGGAUGGCCGUAAGAAAAGAGAACCAGGAUGUCCCCCACAAUGCAUUGCUCCCACGACUGGCGGUCAGCGAGCAGUGGUUGGAUAUCUGCGAUGUUCAUCCGUCAAUGCUUACGGUUCCGAGAAGAUAA